AUGUCAAAGUCAGAUAAAAUAAAAUCACUAGAAUUUUACGCAUAUCUGUGUCAGAAAGUGGGAUCAGAAGAAAUAGUAAAGUCAAGGCGGUUGAUAUAUACUAUAGGAGAUAUAGCCAUGGAUAAUAAUUAUCCCCGCAUAAGCAGUGGUAGUAAAGGGGAAGGACUAAAUUUUAAAGGUAGUGACACCGAUGUUAUGUUUAUAGAACCUGAUUUUAGAGUAUACCAAUCAAUGAGUGAUGUCAUUGAUCGUUGGGGAGUGGCAUUGCUCAUGGACACCGACGAAACGCCACCAUGUUUCACAUACCUCCAUAUAUUACCUAAAUAUGGCGUACCGUUUUUGUUUACUGAACAAUUGCGAGAACAAAAAAAUGGUAAAAUGCUGCUUUCAAGCGAACUUUUCAAAAUACAUCGUUUAAGACAUUUAGUAUUAACAAAACCUAUGUUAAAUAAUAUUCAUGGUCCAUGUAUAUCGGAUGAUUUAGAAGAGAAUGAUAUUGCAUAUUGCAUCAAAUGUGAAAAAUGGAUAUCACAAGCGCAACCAUGGAUAAACAGACCACGUACAGAAUGGCCACCACCUGAUCUUAUUUCACAAAUAAUAUCAUUAGGCGUAUUAUUUGUCCCCAUUGGUUGCAAAGGAUCCGUUAAUGAAAUGUUCGAAUGGAGGAUAUCGUUUUCAGUUGCAGAAAAGAUGCUGAUAUUUUCCUUCUGUCAUACCCAGUUACUGUGCUAUGCUUUAUUGAAAAUCUUGUUGAAAGAAAUAAUAGAGAAGUUACCAGGUUUAAAAGGGUUAUUGUGCUCAUAUUUCCUAAAAACUCUAAUGUUUUGGAUAUCUGAAGAAUUGGAUCCGUCUGUUUGGCGACCAGACAACAUUAUACCUUGUUUUAUGGCAUGCUUACAGAAAUUGUUAUACUGUGUAGAAUAUUCAACACUUUUACACUAUUUUGUUCCAAACAAUAACCUUUUCUAUUCCCGGUUCGACAUAAGUAACAAAAGGAAAUUAGUCGGUCUUCUUCGGAAUUUAUAUCAGCAAGGCAUUCAAUGUUUUUCAUCUUCAGUAACUCUCCAUGAUUAUCCUAUUUCUUCAUGUAAUAUGAGAAGGCAACUAAGCCUUAAAACAAUAUUGGCACAGGAAACAAUUCAUCUUUUUUCCUUUGGAAGAGCGAAAGGAAAUAUUGACAGAUUGAUGAAAAACAUUCUGCAUCAUUCUAAAAGUUGUCUGUCGAGAAGCAUAUUUAACUUAUUUUUUGCAGAUGCACACCAUUUCGUAUCUAAGAGAACAAGCAUUCAUUGCAGCCCUACCAACAAACAGUAUUACUACAACUAUAAACAUUACCUUAGUCAAUUACUUAUUGGUGUUAAUUCAGAUGCAAUUUCAGGAUGGUUGCUGUUAGCAACAUUCUUCUAUAGUCAUAAACAUUAUCCAGAAGCAUUGAUGAUAACAGAUCAUGUAAUUUCCAAGUACACAGACAAAACAAUUCCUGUUCCAGUGGAAACAUCUUACAAUAUCGUUGUUUUUCAUGAACUACAUAAUAAUGUAAUGGAAUUAAUGAAACAUGAAAAGACAAUCAAUAUAGUAAAAACCUUAACAAAUCUUGACAUCAACCUUGAUUCCAAGUCAUUGGCGGUUUUACCAGAAUUGCAACAAGACGUCCAGGAUCCUUUUAUGGUAUAUUCUUGCAAACCAAUGACAUAUUUCAUUCGGUUUUUGAGCUAUUACUAUCUAGAAAAUGUUGAUUCAUGCAAAGAUGCAUAUAUGAGACUAUUACAGGAAUACCUUAAUACCGUUUCAUACUUGAAAAACAGGCAAAGUCAUUCUGUGCGUAUGGCUAAAAUGUUCCAGUUAUUUGAUACGAUAUUAUUCACGGGAAUCUCUGCACAGAUGAUUGGAGAAUUAGAAUCUGCAAAAUAUUUCUUUCGGUUAAUAGCUAUACACGAUGUCUAUAAUUGCACCUCUGCAGCAUCCAGACUGUCGAAUCUCAUUUGA